GUAGAAACAAGGCAACAUUUAUACCACCCAUUUGAACAGCGUUAUCGUCACGACGCACUCGCAUACUCUCACAUCUCCCCUCCACUCUCGUCCACCUCCUCUCGGCCAUGGCGGGCUCCACGCCCUCUUCCAUCACACGAUACCGGCCUGCCAUCCUCGUCACCACCGGCGCUGCGGCCGCAUACAUCGUAUGGCUCCUGCUCAACAACCUCACACAGCCCGCUGCUGGCAGCCAGACAGCCGACAGUCUACACCGAAGCAACGCAGUGCGGCGUACACCCCGACGUUCUCGAAAUCCUUCUCGUGCGUCCGACACGGCGCGUGUGGUGCAACUUCUGCAACAGGAUACCAUUCCUCUGGGCCACUUCGACUUUUUUGGACACGACGUGGAGCUCGAUGGUCGCACUAUCGUUUCCCCCGAACAGCUGCGCGAGGUGGCCGCCACGUUGCAGCCCACCGCCAGCCAGGAGAUAGUUGAUGGCCACAUCGACCAGCUCUUUCAUACAUUGUAUGAUCGUCUGCUUGGGCAUGUCUACCCCAGUCAUCCACUCUCAGAUACCGACACCGAAGCCUUGACCAGCUUGAUGGGAGGCCAAUUACCACAUCCCGAGGCGCUUCGGCUCGCCAUGCACAGACAUCGCUCAAGGUUUGAGCUUGCGACCCUCCCCACAAUGGACGCUCACGAGACCAUUGCUCCUCCUCCUGACUCCUUUUCCAGCUACGAGGAAACCGAAGCUGGCCUAGAUUUUGAGGAGCAGAAUCUCCAGCGCACCCUGUACCACAUUGCCGAAGACCGCGCCAGGCACGAAGGAGUCAUUCAUCGAGGCAUCGCUUGCAAUGGGUGUGAUGCAAAACCUAUUCGAGGCAUUAGAUGGCGAUGCGCAAACUGCCCCGAUUACGAUCUCUGCUCCGACUGCGAAGCCACCGGCUCACACUUCAAAACCCACAUUUUCUACAAAAUCCGCGUGCCAGCACCUUAUAUGACGUUGCCAAGCCAGGAAUCUGUUUAUCCUGGCCGUCCUCAUCUAAUGAAUCACUCGGUCGAUUCACAGGUCAAAAGGCGCCUCAUAGACCAGACGAGGAUGGAGGUGGAGGAAAUCGAAGCUUUGUGGGACCAGUUCACCUGCCUUGCUGCCACUCUAUGGGAUUCUGAUCCCAACAACAUUGGAUGUGCCAUGGAUCGCCGUGCUUUCGACCAUGCUUUCAUUCCGCGCUAUUCCUGCUUUGUCUCCGCCCCUAAUCUUGUCUAUGACCGCAUAUUUGCUUACUUCGAUACUGACCGUAAUGGCCUGAUCGGCUUCGAGGAGUUCAUCAAGGGCCUAGAUGGCUUACACUCAUCAGACUCACGUAUCAAAUUACGUAUAGCUUUCAACGGCUACGAUAUCAACGGAGAUGGCUAUAUAUCCAGAAAAGACGUGCUGCGGGUCUUUAGGGCACUUUACGCGAUAGAGAGGGAAUCUGCUCGCAACUUCGUGACUGAGGCUGCAGAAGACUUGGUGGUUCACGGUGCCUCUGAAACCAUACGGUCUUCUCAGCCGUUAGGAUCGGCCUUCACACGAGGCACAUGGCCGGACGAACCCCGACCGAAUAGGAAUCUGGCCAGAAAAGAUCCCAAUGCAGCCUAUUUGGACCCAAUCACAGAUGAUAUCCCAGACACGAUAGCUCGCGAGGACGUUAUCGGAGAUGCACUAACAUAUCGAUGGCCGCGAAGACAGUUCUACAUCGAUGAGGAAGAGGGCCUCACCCCACCGGCAGAGUCUCCCUCCAACCAGAUGGAGGACAAUACAAACGGAGUAGAUCAAUCAGCAACAGAUUCCGGAAGACGGAGAGAGUCACGCUCUUCUUCACGGGUGCGCUUCCAGGAUGAUGUAGACUUCGAAACUCGCUCCAAUGCAUCAACAUCAUCCCGUCCAAUCGGAGAGCGGUGGGGCGGCUAUGAGAUUCCUGAGCCCGAGAAGGAUUUGGGCAAAGACGUGCUCUACUCCACCACUCAGCAAGCUCUCAAUGAACUUUUAGACCCUUUGUUCCGUACAAAAGAAGACGACGCCACAGAGGCAGUUUCAACACGCGCAGAACGUAGACUGCAUGUUGCCGAAAUUGAAGACUUAUGCCAAAGGUUUGAGACCGAGCGUCCAAACAACAUUCUUCUCCUGCGCAUGGGAGCCUUCACGUACGCGCAGCUGGUCAUGCAGUGUCUUUGCAUGGAAACCAAGGUAUCGGAUCUUCUCGAAAGCAGCAGUGCCAUUACCCACGAUAGUGUCAGAGACCAGAUCAAAGAAGCUUGCCGGAGAGCUGAACAACAUGUUUUGGAAAACGGGCACAUGUCCGAGGGAACUGUCAAUGAUCCCACGCACCACGAUCUGUGGUAUGCAAAGCUCUGUCGAGCACAGCUGCUACACGAAGCGACCACUGCGCUCAUGACAGUCUUGUCCGACCGCAUACCUGCCGCCCCAGUGCCUGAUCCCACCAUGCCCCAAUUUCGACCUCAAUCCUCGCAGAAUGUGGGGAAAAGCAACGCCGCAAUCAGCUCCAAUUCAAGCCAACGAAGCAAGCUGCAUGAGCCAAAUUGGGUAGUUUCUACUCCAACUUUUGUCGUGGUCCACGACAAGCCAGGAUCGUCUCCGCAAGACUCUCAACAAUCCUACGCCUUCAAUGUUGACGGGACCUCUAGUUCCCCGACCCCCUUGGCUUCUUCGUCAUCUUCAUCACAGCCGACCACACCCCCACCGGAACCUCUGCCAUCCACUCCUGGCGUUGUUGACAUUCGCGACCCAAUCUCCGCCGUUUCUCUCCGCGAAAUCUCCACGUCCAACACCACCAUCGAUACAAAACUGCAAUGUGUUAUCCGUCACCAUAUUCUCCCAAAUGCUGGCACGUUCUUACUCGAGCGCAUGAGGAUCGAUGCUACGCUCAAUCCUGCAAAUCCCAUGCACAUGGCUCGCCUUGCGAGCCUAGAAAUGAUGGACCGGGAAAUGGCGGAUCGAAACGGGGGUGGGUUGUUGGAUUUCGAGGAAUUCAUGAAGGGUGUGUCAACAGAAAGGCUGAGAGUACUGGAAGGAUGGAUGGAUCUAGUCAGCUUCUAG